AUGAAGCUUCUCCUGGCAGUGUUGUUGGGGCUCGCAGGAGCGGCUCCCCUGGAAGACAGCAAAGAGUGCCAGCCUCACUCCAGACCAUGGCAGGUCUACCUGGACAGACCGUCCUGCAGUGGCGCUCUCAUCGACCAGUGGUGGGUCGUGACUUCCUUUGACUGCGCCCCAACACCCUACAGCACCGUGGCGACUCUCGGAGAUCACGACCUGAGCAGCGAGGAGGGCGGCGAGCAGAGGGCGCUUGUUGCCGAGGUGAUCCGCCACAGCCCCUACCGCUCCGCCCUCCACAGCCUCACUCUGGUCCGUCUGGCCGAACCGGCCCGCUUCACUCCCCACGUGCAGCCCGUCGCUCUGCCCAGCCGCUGCCCGAAGCCGGGGGAGACCUGCUCCGUCAGCGGCUGGGGCUCCACCGUCCCCAAUCAAUACGGCCGGACUGAUCGCCUGCAGUGCAUUACCGUUCCCAUCGUCGACGACCAGACCUGCGUCGAGACUUUCCCACCAUAUAUCUACUGGGGCGUUAUGGUCUGUGCUGGUCAAGAAAACACAGACAACUGCUUGAGGGAUCAAGGCAGCCUGAUGGUUUGCGAUGGCCAGUUGCAGGGCGUGCACUGGUUCGGACACGGCUGCCAAAAUCCAGCUCACCCCACCGUCUACAGCAAGCUGUGUGAGUACGGUGACUGGAUCCACAGCACGAUCAGCAGCCACAGCCCCUCCCUGCCUACGACGACCACCACCACCACACCCAGCUUCUGA